UUUCCUCAUAGCCCCGCCCUCUCCGUGAAGUCACGCCCCGUCCUCAGGCCGCCGCAGGUGCCCCGCAAGAGGACCGAGUAAGCUGGCGGCUCCUAGCCUCCCGAAGCUGGCCUAGAACGUUCUACCAAGCCAUCUUGGAAGCGCCUCCUCGGAGAUGGCCGCGCCCUGUCACGUAAGAAGCGGUAAAAACGGACGCGGCCAUCUUGUUUCUCUCUGGGCUGCUGGAGACAAAGAAAACACGGCUUCGAGGUCCGCGCGCCUCCACCUUGGUGACAGGAGGUUUGGGAGUCUAAGAUGAUGAGUAGGAGCAGCGAUGACACUUCUGUCUAGGGAUCCAGGGGCACUCGUUUCUCCCUACCGUAAGAUAGCUAGCCAAGGGCUCAGCGGCUCGUCGUACGGCAAGGAUUUAAACAUGGCCGCUCCCAGCCUGAACUUGUCAAACGGGUGCGGCCAUCAAAGCUCUGAAACCCAGAAUCCUGUUCUCCGAAAGGUUGCCAGGUAGCGGCCGACAGCCUCCAAGUCGUGACUGAGCCUGCGCAACGGCCACUCGGAAUGAGAAGACCUUAUACCGCGGUGAGGAGGUGUGGUGUACCCAUCCAUUUCUGGUUAUGAGCGCGGACCCAGGAUAAAGGAGAUCUGUUAGCAUAAAGAACAAACAGUGAUUGGAAGACUACGGUGGCCCAACUGGGUGUCUGGAUUGGCAGGAUGCGUUGGGAGCUUCGUGAUUCUGCAGUCAAGUGGAUUCCGUGGAAGGCUUUGAUUUGGAGAGCAUUAGGGCUCCGUGACUGGAAGCCGUAGAGGGUUCUUUCUGGCAGAGUUGUUGACUUGCUCAUCUGUCACAGUAUGUAUCAAGAGUAAGCCUGGUUUGUGACUCCGAUUCCAUGGCAACUGAGAUGGAUGUGACCUUGCCUGUGGUUGGAAAGCCAAGAAUCUACUGAUCUCUACUGUCACAGGUCUCAGGUCUGUUUCCAAGAACAGCAGAAAAUGAUCGAGAACCAGCUUCAGCAGAGACCUGUGUCAUUCAAAGAUUUGGUUGUGGGCUUCACUCAAGAGGAGUGGCACCGGCUGAACCCUGCUCAGAGGGCCCUGUACCGGGAUGUGAUGCUGGAGACGUACAGCAACCUUGUCUCAGUGGGUUAUGAAGGCACCAAGCCAGAUGUGAUCCUCAGGCUGGAGCAGGAAGAAGCACCAUGGGUUAGCGAGGUGGCGUGCCCAGGCUGCCACUGUCGGGAAGAGAAUGGUCGGAGGAAAAGACAGCAAGACAUGCUUUUGAGGCAAGAUGCAUUCAUCAGCAAGAAAACAUUGCCCAAGGAAAAACGCCACGAGUGUAGUAAGUUUGGGAAAAUGCCACUUCUGAGCUCUGAUCUUUUUCCUUCAAUUCAAAGUCCCAGUAAUCGGGGCUAUUGUGGAAAGAGUUUGAACCAUAACUUAGACAUGACUGGUUUUAAGAGAAACUAUGCCAAAAAGCAAGAUGAGCGUUAUGGGUGUGGGAAAUUGUUACAGCGUACAAACCAUGAUAGAACCCUUAAUGGAGAAAAACCCUGGGGAUGUAGUCAUUGUGAGAAAGCUUUCAGCCAUAACCCAGCACUUAUGUAUAAAUCAGCAGUAACCAAUUCUCUUGUAUGCAAACGGAAGAGGAUACCACCUACUGAGAAGCCUCACGUAUGUAGCGAGUGUGGGAAAGCCUUCUGCUACAAGUCUGAAUUCAUUAGGCAUCAGAGAAGUCACACUGGGGAGAAGCCUUACGGAUGCACGGACUGUGGGAAAGCCUUUUCACAUAAGUCAACCCUCAUUAAACACCAGAGAAUUCACACUGGGGUUAGACCCUUUGAAUGCUUCUUUUGUGGAAAAGCCUUCACCCAGAAGUCACACCGCACAGAACAUCAGAGAACGCAUACAGGAGAACGACCCUUUGUGUGCAGUGAAUGUGGGAAAUCAUUUGGUGAGAAGUCCUACCUCAAUGUGCACAGAAAAAUGCAUACAGGAGAAAGACCCUAUCGUUGCAGAGAAUGUGGAAAAUCCUUCAGCCAAAAGUCAUGUCUCAACAAACACUGGAGAACUCAUACAGGGGAAAAGCCCUAUGGGUGCAGUGAAUGUGGCAAAGCUUUCUACCAGAAGCCAAACCUUAGUAGACAUCAGAAAAUUCAUGCGAGGAAGAAUGAAAAACCGCAUGAUUGUAAUCAGUGUGGACAAGACUUCAGUCAUAAAUUUGACCUCAUCAGACAUGAGAGAAUUCAUGCUGGAGAGAAACCCUAUGAAUGUAAGGAAUGUGGAAAAGCCUUCAGCAGGAAGGAAAAUCUUAUUACACAUCAGAAAAUUCACACUGGGGAAAAACCAUAUAAGUGUAAUGAAUGUGGAAAAGCUUUCAUUCAGAUGUCAAACCUCAUUAGACACCAGAGAAUUCAUACUGGGGAAAAACCUUAUGCGUGUAAGGAUUGUUGGAAAGCCUUCAGUCAGAAAUCAAAUCUCAUUGAACAUGAGCGAAUUCAUACUGGAGAGAAACCCUACGAAUGUAAGGAAUGUGGGAAAUCUUUCAGCCAGAAGCAAAAUCUUAUUGAGCAUGAGAAAAUUCAUACAGGGGAGAAACCUUAUACAUGUAAUGAAUGUGGUAGAGCUUUUUCUCGAAUGUCAUCUGUUACUCUGCAUAUGAGAAGUCAUACAGGGGAAAAACCCUAUAAAUGUAAUAAAUGUGGGAAAGCUUUUUCUCAAUGCUCAGUAUUUAUUAUACACAUGAGAAGCCAUACAGGUGAGAAACCGUAUGUAUGUACUGAAUGUGGGAAAGCCUUCUCUCAAAGCUCAUCCCUAACUGUGCAUAUGAGAAAUCAUACAGCUGAGAAACCCUAUGAAUGCCAUGAGUGUGGAAAAGCCUUCAGCCGGAAAGAAAAUCUCAUUACACACCAGAAAAUUCAUACUGGAGAAAAACCUUAUGAAUGCAAUGAAUGUGGGAAAGCUUUUAUUCAGAUGUCAAACCUCAUUAGACACCAGAGAAUUCAUACUGGGGAGAAACCCUAUGCAUGUACAGUCUGUGGGAAAGCCUUUAGUCAGAAAUCAAAUCUCACUGAACAUGAAAAAAUUCAUACUGGAGAGAAACCUUACCAUUGUAAUCAAUGUGGAAAAGCCUUCAGUCAGAGACAAAAUCUCCUUGAGCAUGAAAAAAUUCAUACUGGAGAGAAACCAUUUAAAUGUAAUGAUUGUGGUAAAGCCUUCUCUCGAAUUUCAUCUCUUACACUUCAUGUGAGAAGUCAUACAGGGGAAAAACCCUAUGAAUGUAAUAAAUGUGGAAAAGCCUUCUCUCAGUGCUCACUACUUAUUAUACAUAUGAGAAGUCAUACUGGUGAGAAACCCUUUGAGUGUAAUGAAUGUGGGAAAUCUUACAGGGAACAUGCCUCUGUGAUAGAACAUCAGAUAAUUCAUACUGGAGAGAAAGACUGUGAAUGUAAGAAAUGUAAGAAAGCUUUCAAAUGCCAGUCACAUCCUAUUCAACAUGAAAUAAUUCAUACUGGUGAGAAACCUCACAAAUGCAAGGAAUGUGGGAAAGCCUUUCAUUCUAGCUCACAACUUAGUCAACAUCAAAAGAUACAUGUAGGUGAGAAACCCUACAAAUGUAAGGAGUGUGGAAAGGCCUUCCCAUCUACUGCACAGCUUAAUCUCCAUCAGAGGAUUCAUACUGACGAGAAAUACUAUGAGUGUAAGGAAUGUGGGAAAGCAUUUACCCGUCCCUCACACCUUUUUCGACAUCAGAGAAUCCAUACUGGUGAGAAACCCCAUAAAUGUAAUGAGUGUGGGAAAGCUUUUCGUUAUGACACACAGCUUAGACUUCAUCAGAUAAUUCAUACAGGUGAAAGGUGCUAUGAAUGUAAAGAAUGUGGGAAAGUAUAUACUUGUGCCUCACAACUGAGUCUACAUCAGAGAGUUCAUACUGGUGAGAAACCCCAUAAAUGUAAGGAGUGUGGGAAGGCUUUUAUCUCUGAUUCACAUCUUACUCGACAUCAGAGUGUUCACACUGGUGAGAAACCCUAUAAAUGUAAGGAAUGUGGGAAGGGCUUUCGCCGGGGCUCAGAACUUGCUCGACAUCAGAGAGCUCACGCUGGUGAGAAACCCUAUAAAUGUAAGGAAUGUGGAAAGGGCUUUACUUGUAGCACAGAACUUGUUCGACAUCAAAAGGUUCACACUGGUGAGAGACCCCAUAAAUGUAAGGAAUGUGGGAAAGCUUUUAUUCGAAGGUCAGAACUGACUCAUCAUGAGAGAAAUCAUACUGGUGAGAAACCCUAUGAGUGUAAGGAAUGCGGGAAGACCUUUGGUCGUGGCUCAGAGCUUAAUCGGCACCGGAAAAUUCAUACCGGUGAGAAACCCUAUGAGUGCAAGCAAUGUGGGAAGGCCUUUAUUCGUGGCUCGCACCUUAGUCAACAUCAAAGAAGAAGUCAUACAGGACAGAGAAGUGAAUGAGUGCAGAAGGCUGAGAAUUUGAUUGACAUCAGAAAACUCAGACUUGUUUUAAGAAAACCUGUCAUUGUAACAAACGUAGGAAUGCACUGAGGCUAACCAGUUCCUGAAUUUCCGAAGUGGUACUGUAGAUGGAAAACCUGCCAGACCAUUAAGGACCAGAAUUGAUUUGACACUUGUUAAAGUAAGAAACCUUAUGAAUGUCAGGAACUGGGAGUUUAGUCUGUAUCAGUGGGUUCCGCACAUGUAGAGGCAAGCAACUGAGGAUUGAAAAUAUUCAAGAACAACUGUAUCUACACCAAAUAUGCACGUUUUUCCUUGUCAGUAUUCCCUAGACAAUGUAACAGCUAUUUACAUAGUUCUUACGCUGUAUUAGGUAUUAGAAGUAAUCUGGAGUUAAAGUAUAUAGAAGGAUGUACAUAGGUUAGAAGCAAAUACUGUACCAUUUGAUAUAAGGGCAUAUGCAUCCAUGAAUUUUGGUAUCUGCAGUGGGUCCUUAUGACCAGUUCCCAGUAGAUAGAGGAACGUCUGUACAAGGAUACUUCAAAAGAUUUAUGGGAAAAUAUAGUUAAAAAGAAUGCCCAUUUUCCACAAACUUUUGAAGACUCCAUGUAUUUGUUUCAGAAUCAGACGUCCAAGUUCAAUUAGUGAAACAAUGGAAAACUACAUGAAUGUAAAGAAAAUGAGAAGGCCUUUUUGGUGGUCCAGAACCAAGUCUACCUCAAGGAAUAGAUAAUAGGGAAAGCUUAGAAAGACAGUGAAUGUGUAAGAGAAAUGAGCCAUUCAGACCUUUCUCAACAUCAGGUCCAGAAGCCCUUAGGGAAGGUCAGAAGCUAACAAAUCAUCUGAUAAUUCUUACUUGAAGAUGGCUACUUUAGUGUUAAAAAUGCAGGAAAUUCUUCCAUGCCAUUCAGAUUGUUAAAUAUUUGCACAUUAACUCUCUAAAAUCAACCUGAACUGAACCAAAGUAGGAAAAAGUUUAAACAAUGUUCCAUUUUACACACCCUCACAACCACAACUCAUUUCUAGAGGACAAAUUACUUAACUACAUUUAAAUUUUCUCAAUUACAAAUUAGUAUUACUAGCACCCUAUUUUUUAGUUGCAUUGUGGAUAUUAAAUACGUUUAUUUUUUUUAAACAGUGUCUGGCUAAUAUUUAAAGUGCUAAAUUAGACCUGCUUUUGUUAUUACUUGGUUGUUUUCAUGAUUGUGUAUUAUUAGAGAUCAUAUGAUAGGAAGACCUUAUAUUUGUAGUGACUACAGGAAUAUCAUGCUUCAUUUUUGAAUGUUUAAUUCAUCCUGGGGAAAAAUUUAUAACUGCAAGGCUUUCAUUCAGAGCUUGCCCUUUGGGCUCAUCAGAGGCUUCAUAAUGUAAAGAAACCUGGUAGAAUAAAAGUGAGUUGUUAUGGCGAUAGGGGAACAAUUUAGAUGAUUUAUUGAACACUUCCAAAAACAAAAGACAUGUCAUGAUCGCUGAUGUAUGUUCUAGGUUAUUAGAAAAUAACAGAGCCUUAGUCAAAAUCAAUUUCUCCACUAGGAAAUUUUUUAAAUAACUAUUCUAUUGAAGGUAUUUAUAUUAAAAAGAAAAUUAAGGAAAAUUGCCAUUAGUAAUGAAUUAACAGUACAUGUUCAUCUUCCUAAAUUCAAGAUGCACGUGUCUGUAUAUCAGUGUCUGUGACAUCUGGAAUUGCGACCAUUUUGCAACCAGAGUGUUGAGAGGUUGGCACAGGGGAUUUGUUGGAAUGACCUGUGUCCUCAGUGUUACUGAUGUAAUGAAACGGUUCAGAACCACCUUGUCUUUGGACUUGUGUGAAAUAAGUAUAAAUUUAUAAUUAUAUGCACGGAGUUUCUUAACUUUUUACAAUAUAUCUGAAUUCUGGGAAAUUAUUUUUAUAAUAUUUUUAUAUAUACACUUUUAUUUGAGUUAGAAAGUACUUACACUCACCUUUUUAUGGUGUAUCUGACAUUAUAGAAGAGCAUUACUUUCUUAAACAUAUAGUGAAAUAUAUACAUAUUUUCAAUUUUGAUUUAGUAAGAUGUAGGCAAUAUCUAUUUACAUUUAGCAUCUAGUGUAUGUCUGUCUUUAGCUUUUCAGGGUAGGUCUGAAGUCCUGAAAAAGUAUUAUUUUCCUGGGUAAAGUAAAAGCCAAAAGGAAGUUGAUUGAAUAGCUACAUGAUGUAAUGCCCCUAGUAUCGGGUUAUCUUACAAAUAAAAAUAUUUGGCAGCAGGCGUUUGGUGUAGGGGUUCAAAUGUCCACAUCCUACAUUGGAGUACCUUGUUUUGAGUCCUAACUCUCCUCCCAGUUCUAGAUUCCUGCUGAUGCAUGCACUAGGAAACAAGGUGAUGGCUUAAGUGCUUGAGCCCCUGCCAUCCACCUGGGAGGCCUGGAUUUGAGUGCCGGGCUCCCAGCUCUGUCCAGCAUAUGAUAACUCUUUCACUGUGUAUCUACCUCAUAGAAAUUUACUUUUAAAAAAAGGUCCGAAUUCCUCAAGAUAAAAGGAAGCUGCAGCUAUGAGGCUAACAUAACCCUUUUACCAAAUUUGGAAAAUGACAUAAUCUGAAAUCCGUGAUAAAGAAUAUCUGUUUUAUUCAUAUGGUACAAUGUGGAAUAUUUUACUUAAAACAGCAAGUCAAAUCUAGCAUCCUUUUAAAAAGAUGAACCUGUUUUGCAGAAUGUUCAUUACUUGACCAGUUAUUAAAGGAUGUGUUAUAUAACUACACAUUAGAAACUAGACACUACAAAUAUUACUGAAAGUAGUAACAGAACUCAUACCACAUUUCAUAUUCAACUUGUGAAGAUACUACAAUUGCCCACUUGACCUAUUCAACUUGUGAAGAUACUACAAUUCCCCACUUGACCAUAUCUCCUGGGCUAUGGACAUUAUUCACAUUUAGAAAUCCAUCUUCCAGAUUUCUACUUCUGUACUCACUAUAGAAGAAUAAUACAUUUUAAUUAAGUUAAAUGUAAAUAUGUGUUAUGUGGUAAUAAAAUAAUUCCUAGAUAAAUGUUAAUCUGUUGGAGAAAAUUUUAUGGUAAAUUAGGAUAUUUUUUAUAAGGGAAAAUGAUUAAAUACUGAAGUUUAUCUACACUAGUAUAAUUAUUUUUUUCCAAGAGGAGAAUUUAUGCCUGCCAGAAGAAUUGAAUUAUUAAAUUAAGACAAAAAUAGGUGCUGACAUAUGACUGAUCUUGUUUACAAUUUCUAACACUUAAAAGCGUUUCACCAAAAACCAAGAGGGUACUUAUAGGGAUUUUUUUAAAAAGCAAAACGAUAUACACACUGAUUCUCUUAAGGGCUGAUACCAAAAUCUGGAAGUGCAUGUUUCCAUUCUCCAUACUCCUAGACGUACACAUCUAGAUAUGUUCUGUAAUGAGGGUUAGGAGUAGGAGAGUGGUUUGAAUGGGAUCAUGCACACACUUCUGAAGUGCACCUCCUUUUCUCUCUUGCUAAAACACUAUGGACGGCCGGCACCGCAGCUCAAUAGGCUAAUCCUCCGCCUGCAGUGCCAGCACCCCGGGUUCUAGUCCCAGUUGCUCCUCUUCCAGUCCAGCUCUCUGCUGUGGCCUGGCAGUGCAGUGGAGGAUGGCAAAAGUGCUUGGCCCUUGCACCCACAUGGGAGACCAGGAGAAGCACCUGGCUCCUGGUUUUGGAUCAGCGCGAUGCGCUGGCCGCAGUGGCCAUUAGAGGUUGAACCAACGGUAAAGGAAGACCUUUCUUUCUCUGUCUCUCUCUCUCACUAUCCACUCUGUCAAAAAACAAAACAA